AUGUCCGCCAUUUUUUUCAUUCGUUAUGUCAGUUAUUUUUUCUUUCGUUAUGUCAGCCAUUUUGUUUCUUUCGUUAUGUCAGCCAUUUUUUCUUUCGUUAUGUCAGCCAUUUUUUUUCUUCCUUCAGUUAACAUUCUAUCUAUCUAUCUAUCUAUCUAUCUAAUUCUGUUCAUAUCUAUCUAUCUAUCUAUCUAUCUAUCUAUGUAUCUAUCUAUCUAUCUAUCUAUCUAUCUAUCUAUCUAUCUAAUUCUGUUCAUAUCUAUCUAUCUAUCUAUCUAUCUAUCUAUCUAUCUAUCUAAUUCUGUUCAUAUCUAUCUAUCUAUCUAUCUAUCUAUCUAUCUAUCUAUCUAUCUAUCUAUCUUGGCCUUCUGUCAUAUUACAUUCGCUGUCCGUCACUUGGUGUCAGGUUCCCGUCUUUUACAUCCCCUAAAGAACCCACGCUCCCCAUGCUGUCAUGCCAUCGUAACCACCAGCGCCACCCUUACCCUACCCUGUGAGAAAAUCUCCUCUCCCUUUCUCGUCUCCGUCAUGCUUGACCGGUCAGCUAGACUGGAUCCACCCUUAUUCGACGCGGUCAUUCGACUGCUAUGCAACCAAAACGCAAGAGCGGGUCGAGAACGGGUGGGAGAUAUACCCAUAAUGAGAUAG